UCUACUCUAGCAUUAUCUUGUUCGCUCAUAACAGACUUUCUAAAAUUAAUUUUGCAGAAAUAUAAACAGAAUUCAGUUAUUUCAAAGUACAUGGUUUAAGGCCGAAAUUACGGCAAAAUGCAAGUUGUUAUAUGUGGGGUGUUAGUUUUUAUUGUAUUGGUGACUGGAAGACCGUACGAACUUCAAGAUGAGAAAGCCGAAUCAAGAUUUACUGUCCACGAAAAACCGCCAGAGUUAGUUGUUAAUGCAGGUCCUGACGGUGUAAAAGUUCAAGCUAAACCAUCCAAAUUACAAGUAAUAGAGCAUCCAUUUGGAGGUCAUGGCGGCUAUAGAGGUGAAGGCUGGGGAGGCCAUGGCGGUGGAUGGGGUGGACAUGGAAUUGGCGGUGGUUUCGGAGGAUUUGGUGGUUUUGGUGGUCAUGGAGGUAGUUAUGGCGGCCAUGGAGGUGGUUUUGGCGGUCAUGGAGUUGGAUAUGGCGGCCAUGAAGGUGGUUUCGGUGGUGGAUACGGUGGUGGAUUUGGUGGUGGAUUUGGUGGCCAUGGAGGUGGUUAUGGCGGUCAUGGCGGUGAUUAUGGAGGUUAUGGUCAUUUCGAUGGUGGUCAUCAUGAUCAUACAACAUACGUUCCAUCCCACACUCCACCUGUUCAUGUUGGUCCCAACGCUCCUCCAAUUCACGUAGGCCCACACGUCCCAGCUGUCCAUGUUGGCCCCCAUGUUCCAAGCAUACAUUACGGUACACAUGCUCCAUUAUAUCAUGUUGGACCUCAUGUUCCAUUUGUACACAUGCCUCCUCCAGUUCACACCGUGCACGCAGGACCUAUGGGUCCACCAGUACAUGUUUCCUCUCCACCAACUGUGUACCAUCAACCACCAGUUGUUUAUCAUCAACCUCAUGUUGUUGGACAUGCUUCUGAUCAUGGCUUUGGACAUGGUUAUGGAGGCGGUGAAGGUGGUUAUGGCGGUGGUUACGGGGGUGGAGGCUAUGGAGGCGGAUAUGGACACGGUGGGGGAUAUGGGGGUCAUGGUUUCGGAGGCCAUGAAGGGGGUUAUGGUGGCCACGAUGAAGAAUGUUGUGAAGAUGGAGGACAUGGUGGUGGUUACGGCGGAUAUGGCGGAUUCGGUGGUCAUGGUGGUGGUUAUGGAGGUGGUGUUGGCGGUGGACACUAUGGCCGAUCGCGCAUCGAAAGACCAGCAGCAAAAGAAAGACGUUCAACAAAAGGUGAGUUUGAAACAACUGACAAGACAAACACGAAUAGACUAUACAAAAGACAAGCACCGUACUAUGGAUGGCAUCCUUUUCCAGCUAGUGUUCAUGUAGGACCACAUACGCCACCUAUUCACAUUGGACCACAUUACCCCCCGGUUCACGUUGGUCCACACGUGCCAGCAGUACAUAUAGGACCUCAUGUACCUUACAUCAAUAUACCAGCACAUGUCCCAGCAAUUCAUGUUAGACCACAUGUACCUGCUGUCCAUAUCAGUCCUCCUGUACCAAUUAUUAAUGCAGGAAACCAUGUACCAGCUGUUCAUGUUACAUCGCCACCCACAGUGUACCACAGACCACCUAUCGUUAUUCAUCAACCUCAUAUCGUACACUCAAAUCACGGAGGUUACGGUGGUCACGAAGUUUAUGGUCACGACGGAGGCCACGAUGGCGGUUUUGGUGGCCAUGAAGAGGCUGGUGGAAUUGUUGCCCAUGAAGGAGGCUUUGGAGGUCAUGAAGGAGGCUUUGGAGGAGGCUUUGGAGGUCAUGAAGGAGGCUUCGGAGGUCAUGAAGGAGGCUUUGGAGGAGGCUUUGGAGGUCAUGAAGGAGGCUUCGGAGGUCAUGAAGGAGGCUAUGGAGGCUAUGGAGGCUAUGGAGGCCAUGAAGGAGGCUUUGGUGGUCAUGAACUUGUUGGAGGACAUGAAGGAGGUAUUGGCGGUGGUUAUAGUAACGGCUUUAGUGGUGGAAAUGAUGGUGGUCACCUUGGUGGAUAUGGUCACUUUGGAAAAAGAAGUGAAAUCGAAAGAGAAGAAGAAAGGAGAUCAGUCAGUGAAGAGCCAGAACAGGGUAAGAUAACAUUGAAAAGCUUGUAUAGCAUGAUCAGACCUAGACGUCAAUUACUUGGUGGAAAUUCAGAUGGUGGCGAUUCAGUCAUUUUUGUUCAUCCUAGUGGAUCCCAAACACCUGUUGGAAACUCUGUAACAGGAGGAUCCCCAUUACCAGGACUAGAAUCUUCUGGCAUGAAACCAGGAAUGGGAAAUGCACCUAUUGAAAAUCCAAUGGCGGGAGGCGCUCAAGGAGGAGCUUUUGCUAAAUCUGGUCUUUCUGGACCUAGUAGUCUGGGGAACAUGGAGGGAAAUUUUCCUGAAAUGUCUCGCAGCAUGCAGGGAUUAGGUGGUAUGGGUGCUUUGGGUGGUAUGGGUGGUUUGUCAAGUGGAAUGGAACAAAGCAAUUCAGGUGGUGCUGUAGACGGAAACAAUGGUCUCCCAGAAUCCAUAAGUUCAGCUAUGAACAUGCCGAGCAGUAACCAACAUGAAGAAGGUGCAUUUCCAAGUGAAAGCCCAAACAUGAAUAUUGGAGGAUUACAGGGUGGUUAUAGCGAUGAAAGUAACCAUGGUUCUGAGGAACAAAGUCAAAUGAAUUAUCAGCGUUCAUUAUUCCCCAGUGUCAAUUACGUCAAUGCUAUCCCUUAUGACAAUAACGGUAAUAACAACAUAGAACAGGAUGACUUAGACAAUUCCACUGAACGUGACGUUAAAUCGACUAUACCUCGUGAGGAAGACGAGGAAGACCUUCAUACGCGCGUACACAAGGACGAAAUACCACACCCAGAAGACUACGGAUAUUAAUUUGUUUAAUGCUUAGCAUAAUUCCGAAUGUCUCUACAGACUGGAUGUGAAACAUAUAACAAAUUAGAAGAAAACGUAGUUCGAAAAAGAAAUAUACUCACUCACUAAACUAAAAACUUUCACUUCAAUCAUACCGAAGUGAUCAUUAAUAUCUCAACAUUGAGAUGAUGAAGAACACUGCGAACGCUACUAUUCAUAAUAACCACAUACAUCCAAUUAUGUACAUUAAUUUAUUUAUAAUAAUAUUAACAUGUAUUUUUAUACUGCUGCUAAAA